CCAGAAUCGUUCAGCGGAAGGCGCGCGCCGCUCCAGGUUCCGCUCUGUUUCUAUGGUGUUGCAGAGUUCUCAAUGUGGAUCACUACAUGGCGGUAACGCGGAACACUGCGAUCAUUGUAAAAUUGUGAGUGCUUUGCCAGCAAGUCUCCACGGCUUCACAAUCCUGGUUGACGUAAUACGGUUCGCCUCAUAGUGAGGCAAAGGUCUGAUGAUGGAGAAUGGACAAGGCACAGGUGCAAAGCUUGUAUUACCGCCUCUUACACCAGAGCAACAGGAGGCGCUACAAAAGGCUAAGAAGUAUGCCAUGGAACAGAGCAUCAAGAGUGUUUUAGUGAAACAGACCAUCGCCCACCAGCAGCAGCAGCUCACAAACUUACAGGUGGCAGCACAGAGGCAGCGAGCUCUGGCCAUCAUGUGCCGUGUAUAUGUGGGCUCCAUUUAUUACGAGCUGGGGGAAGAUACCAUCCGGCAGGCCUUCGCCCCCUUUGGUCCCAUUAAGAGCAUUGAUAUGUCUUGGGACUCGGUCACCAUGAAACACAAGGGCUUUGCCUUUGUGGAGUAUGAGGUUCCUGAAGCAGCUCAGCUGGCCUUGGAGCAGAUGAACUCAGUCAUGCUGGGUGGAAGGAACAUUAAGGUGGGGCGGCCAAGUAACAUUGGACAGGCGCAGCCUAUCAUCGACCAACUGGCAGAGGAGGCACGUGCCUACAACCGAAUCUAUGUAGCCUGUAUUCACCCUGAUCUAUCUGACGACGACAUUAAGAGCGUCUUUGAGGCCUUCGGAAAGAUUAAAAGUUGUAUGCUGGCACGGGAACCGACCACGGGAAAGCACAAGGGCUACGGAUUUAUUGAAUAUGAAAAGCCUCAGUCAGCGCUGGAUGCAGUCUCGUCUAUGAACCUGUUUGACCUUGGAGGUCAGUACUUAAGAGUGGGGAAGGCUGUUACUCCUCCCAUGCCUCUGUUGACGCCUACAACCCCUGGAGGUCUGCCUCCUGCUGCAGCUGUGGCGGCUGCUGCUGCGACCGCCAAGAUCACUGCCCAGGAGGCUGUUGCUGGAGCGACAGUGCUGGGUUCUCUCGCUUCACCAGCGCACAUUCUCAGUCAGCAAAUGGGACUUCCACAGGCUGUACUGGCUGCCCAGGCCCCUGGCAUCAUCACAGGUGUGACACCUGCUCGCCCCACUCUUCCUGUAGUCCCUCAGGUUGGUUUGGUCAACCCAGUACUAGCAUCCCCACCAGUCACGACACCUGCGUCUGCGGGAACACCAACGUCUGCAGCACAAACACAUACAGAAGUAAAGAGAGAGGAAGACAACAGGCGGACUGAAGACCAGAGUGCGCCAGUCGGAAAUGGACAGGACAGUGAACUAGAGCAGCUAAGUGUCAGUGCAAGUGGAGGAAAACAAACAGUCAUGCAGUCAAAGUCAACAGUUAUGGUGCUACGCAACAUGGUGGGCCCAGAGGACAUUGACGAUGACCUGGAAGGCGAAGUGAUGGAGGAAUGUGGGAAGUAUGGUGCUGUUAAUCGGGUUAUCAUAUACCAGGAACGACAGGGUGAGGAGGACGAUGCUGAGAUAAUAGUGAAGAUCUUUGUGGAGUUCUCUGAUGCUGAUGAAAUGAACAAGGCCAUCCAGGCUCUCAACAACCGCUGGUUUGCAGGUCGCAAGGUUGUUGCCGAGUUGUACGAUCAAGAGCGUUUUAAUAACAGUGACCUCUCUGCAUAAGACUGUCUCGAAAUGGCCACUGGGCCCGUCUUCUGGCACUCAAACUCACUCAGCUUUCAUCACUGCUGCUUGAGAUCCGGGCCUCUUUGAAACUUGUAAUUAUUUUUUUAUUGAUGUUGAUAGUAAUAAUAUUAUUGGAAAAAUCCCAAUGGUGGGAUUUAGCUUAGGACAAAAAAACAUGCUCCUCAUACAUUUACUUUGUGUCACCUACUGUGAAAGACUUGCAUUUUUUUUUAACAGUCGUUAUUAUUUGCAGGGUUUUGUUUUCUAAUUUUGAAGAAAAGAUGCAAUUUUCCCCUUUCCCACCCCACUUUUUUACAAAUGGCAACUUUUUCUCCACUGACAUUGUGUUCGGACCCUAAACAUUGUGUUGGUGACAUUGGUUCUGGCUUUACCAAAACAAUAAAUUUCUCUAAUAUGCA